AUGUUUGAUGGUGAUGGAUUGUAUCUUAAUACCACAGCAGUCAGAUUGGACAGUACAUCAGACCAAAUGCCAGUAGUAGAUUCAAAUCCCGUCACUUUGUCAGAAACGGUCAUGCUAUUUCAGUCGCAGCAGCAGAGCCAUUCAUCUCAAUGUCAGCCUGUGCAGCAGAAUCAGUAUUGUUUCAAUAACGUGGAUUAUCAUCUUGGGCACACUUCACGAGGUCGAUUGGAACAGCAAGGCAGUCUGCAGACUAUUGAUGCAUCUGCAAAAAGCCGAGCAACUCUAACCCCACCUUUCUCUGUCCAACUGAAUGCAUCUUCUGAUUCUGCCAAUUUAAAUAGGGAUCUCUCCAGCGUAUUAUCUACAGACAUUGCUCUUUCCUCUGCUCCAAGUACACGGCAACAGGUUACCAACUCAGAUAUGCACGGUCACUCAGUAGAGCCUACCAGCAAUCCCAACACUAGCUACUCCUUUAACCAGUCUCAUAUGCAGACCCACAACUAUACAGAUACUAACCAGAUCAAGCCAAAUAAUCACUCGUUGAUUCAGUCGCAAAUAUCAUUACAGCCUCAGUCAAAGAGUGUGGAAAAGAUUCCCUGUACCAACAGCGCUACUAACAACAGCAGCUACCCUUUAGACCAUAGUUCUGCACAUCACUAUAGGCAUCGUUCAUACGAUCGAUACAAUCCGUAUCCUAUACAUGCCAUGAAUGGCUCACGCCACUAUGUAGAAGCACAACGAUCCGCUCCUGGGAAUAGCAAUCCCAUAGCCUACUCGGAAACAGAUUAUCUACACAACGAAGCAUUCGAUUUUUGGCUAGCUAACGACAAAACUCGAAAGCCAAAUCUUCACGAAAAGCAGCUUCAGCCAUAUCAGAGCCCGCACCAACUCUUGCCUCAGCAACAGUUUGUUUAUCCUCAGCAGCACCAACAUAGCCAAAAUCACUCCAGUCAACAACCGCUAUCCUAUCAGCCUUUACAUGGCGCACAUCACAGCACUUACUCUGACCCAUACGCUCUUGGUCUGGGCUAUUCGAAUAGUCCGUAUCUCAAUACUAGUCAUGUUGCUAAAAUUAUACCUUCAGCAGCACUGCGCCAGAUAUCCGGUCCCGUCUUAAAUGCCUCGGCAAUUUCCUCGAGGCAUUCGUUACCAAAUAUGUUUCCUUAUCUUACCAAUGGAUUAUCUGCAAGUUCAUCCAUCACAAAUGGGUCUGCCCUCGUUGAUCCCGCCACUAUCCACUCCAGAGCCGAGGCCUCACACGCUCGUCUUGGCACCACACCAGACUCGUCGGUCUCUGGCACUACUCUCGGCUCUACAGUCAAUCCCGCAAUGUUCCGUGAUGUGGGCGCGUCUAUAAAUCAUGGCAUAGAUAUGGGCUUGGGCAUGGGAAUGGGUAUUCUAUCUAAUGUUGGGAUGGGCAUUGCUUCUGGCUUGGGUAUGGCAUCAAGGCAUAAUGAUAAUGCUUUAUCCAGAGCAUCUGUAGUUGGGCGUUCUUCUACCGACUCUUUACCUUCAUUAUGCAAGCUAGAUACUCCCCCCCUUGCUACCUCGUCUGCUCUAUGCUCUACUCAGGACAUAAUUACACAUGGCUCUGUUUUGGCUAGUCCUAAACAGGCUUUGUCAGCAGUCGACAGCUUUACACCACCAACACCAUCCACUUUCACAUUAGACUCGCAUAGUCAAAAAGCCAACGUGCCUGCAUCUCUUGUUCGACGUCGAUCUGUCAAGGGUGCCCAUGCCAAAACUUCUACCAACGCAACACACACCGCUGAAGAUAUCCCACCAACCGCUGCAGAGAAAAAGCGCAUACGGGAAAUGGCUCGAAAUCUCACUUGCUUCAAUUGUAAUACGAGUGUGACCCCAUUAUGGCGGCGUACUCCCGAUCGCAACCAUAAUCUAUGUAAUGCGUGUGGGUUGUACAGCAAACAGUAUGGUAAGGAGCGACCUACUAACUACUUGAACAAGACGCCUCGUAAAUCAAAUGGUAAUAGUACGGCCACUACUUUGACAGCAUCAGCCGGAUCCGCUGUUACUGGAUCUAGCGCUCUAUCCCAGCAAUGCACAGAAUCUUUGCAUGGUUCUAGUCUUUCAACAGCUUUGGUAUCGCAUGGAUCACCUGCGUCAGUCUCAUCGUCAAAAAGUGUGACGGCAUGCAUGCCCAUGAGCAUAUCAAUGUAUACUGUCGAUCCAGAAAUCGCUCGGUACUCGACUUCGUCCUCUACUAGUUUCUCUGCGUCGCCUUCACAUCUUCUAAACAGCAGUCAGUUUGCUGCCACUGGAAAUAUCUCCCAAACCCCUUUUUAUGUGGCAUCACCACAACCAUACACAUAUGGAAUAGAACAAGACCUUGGAUCUGAUUCAGAUGCCCUAUCUCGCCAGGGAUCGGUACAUCUUGGGUCUGUAGCUACUGUCAACCCCACAUUGUCUCCAUUAUUUCAAGUACAGUCUGGCACUUCCACACUUUCCAAAAAGCAGAGUCCAAUGCGUCCGUUGCAUGCUGUAGCCUCUUCUAAAACUGUUGCUUCUGACACAUUUCAUUUAUUGGCACAUACUCUUCCAUUUUCAUCUCUUCCUCAAAGGAAUACAGAUGGCAGCAAUCCUGAAAACUGGGCGGAUUUUGAUUCUCUAAUAACGUCCACAUCUGGGCUUCCUAGAUAG